CUAGAUUAUUUUUGAAGUUGCAAAUUCGGAUUUGUUUGCAUGGGCGCCCCUCAGCUCAGGCAUCUGUUUUGUCUGGAACGUAUGAAAGCAACAUGAGUGUCUUCUGCGAGGCGCUGGGCAAAACCUUUACGCCUCAAUCCUCGUUUGUUCUUCAUUUUGAAACGUCUGGAAAGGUGGUCCGAUAGGUGAUUUUGAGAAUCCUUUCACAAUUCAAGCGAUUGAAGACAAGCCUCCGUGAGCAUUUGCAGAAGAAGUUUUGAGGUUGUUAGCGAGGACUUAUCUAAAAUCUAGAAUGACAACGAGAACCAGAAGGCGCAACCAUAAGAAGCAGCUGAAUUAUAUCGCACAUAGCUAUGCAGAUUGAACAGUCUAUUUGCAGAGCUAGAAACAUGCAACGGAGGAGACUGGAUUGGUGCACGCAACUGGUGUUCCUCUGUCUAGCUUAAAGUGGGGGUGUGCCCCUAUCAGCAGGGCUACUCAGCAGGGCUUUGACAUAAUACAAAAGCACUCAAAUGGUAUGAUAUAUAUUGGAUAAUACUUCGGGGCCUAUGGGAAGCAACCGCAGUAGCGAUGGAGAGAUGGUGGUUAUGACUCCAAGUGCCACCGUCAUGUUGAGCCAGGACCCGUCCACGAGGCUGGCCCUCGAGAAGGCCGAGACAGAGCGGAGGUUGCAGGAAGCGGAGAUGAAGCUGGCGGAGGCGGUGGCAGAAAUCCAGCGGCAAAAGCACCGCAGCCAUGAGGAGGACGGGCACGUGGCUUGCGGAAACAUAUUCACAGGGCGACAUCCUCUCUGCCAGCAUGGCGAUGCUUGCUUCACGCAUGCCGCAGGCAGCCUCAUUCAGAGCUUCCUUCUAGCAUAUGGAGUCCGAGCAGGGAUUGGAGUGCUUCUCCGGUCCUUUGUCUUACUUCGAAAACGGCCGGCAGAGGUGCUAGAUCUCCAGCUGCUCCUAUCCGAGAAGAACCUGGUGAUCAGGGAGGAGGCAUGUAGAAUCGGCCUCCUCUUCGGCGGCUUCACUGGGACCUACCACUUCAUGCGCUGUUUGCUCCGGCGGCUGACUAACCGCGAGUCUGACGCAAACAGCUUUAUCGCUGGUUCUGUGGCCGGACUCUCGCUUUCGGCGAUCGACAAUCCCACGCGGCGACGCACCUUCGCGCUCUACCUCCUGGCGCGUGUCUUCCAGUGCUCGUACAAUUUCGCGAAGUCGAAGGGCAAGUGGCACUUUUGGGGGAGCCACUGGCAACACGGGGACACGCUUCUCUUUGCGCUGGCCUCAGCACAGGUCAUGUACGCGUACGUCAUGCGGCCCGAGACCCUCAAUAACUCGUACUGGGAGUUCAUCGCACGAACGGGGCCGAUUGCGAAGCCGGUCUUGAAAGCGGUCAAGAGCACCGUCCGAGGGGAGAGCGUAGAUCUUGCAGAGUUGACGUCCUACAUCCGAAAGGUCGCCCCGUCGCGGCUCCCGCUGACCAUCGGGCGACAGCCCAAGAUCAUCCCGUGCUCCGUGUUGCACCCCGACACCUCCAAUUGCUUCACGCACAACGGCAACGCGAUGCGGUCCGUGUUCAAGAAGACGUUUCCGCUGUACAUGUCGCUCACGUUUGUGCCCUUCGUCGUGCUCAACCUCCAAAAGUUUACGCAAGCUCCGCUUCGAACGUUGUUUACCGCCACGCGCGGCGCAGUCCGGUCAACGGCGUUUCUGUCGGCGUUCGUCGGCAUCUAUCAGGGCGUCAUCUGCACGCAGCGCAAGUUUGCGAGCCGCGACCACAAGUCGGUCUACUGGGUCGCGGGCGCGUUCGCUGCGCUGUCCGUGCUGCUCGAGAAGAAGAACCGGCGCGCGGAGCUCGCGCUGUACGUGCUCCCGCGCGCCGCCGACUCGCUGUGGUACAUCCUCGUGCACCGGCGGCUGCUUCCCAAGUUACCGCACGCUGAGGUCGCCCUCUUCUGUCUGUGCAUGGGCAGCCUCAUGUUCUACCACGAGAACCAGCCCGAAACCAUGACGCCCUUCCUCCGGGGCCUCAUCACCCGCUUCCUCAACCGGACCGGAAUCCCGGACAUUCCGCUCUCCCCUCUUCCGCCCGCCGCUUCCGUCCACCGACGGCUAAACUACCUGGUGGGCGACCCAAGUCCCGAGUACCGGCCGCUCGAUUUCCACGGGGAAGACGACCCGGCCAGCCCCGGGGGCUUUGGCAGCCGCAUUGGCAGCCCGGGGCCGCACGGUCGGGUGGAAAAGGAGAAGCCCCGGUCGAGGGACUUGUACAGGGAAGGGGUGGAGCAAGUGGUGGAGAAGUUGCAGAUGGAGGCCUUUCAAGGGCUCUCCUGAGACUGUCGCGAGUUGGACAUUGUCAAUCAGGAAACGGUUCUUUACCUUUAAUGGAAGCUUUGGGGGUGCUAAUGCGUGCUUGAUACCAAAUCGGAAGACACGUUCUUAUGUAGUCCCGGAGGGUCUCCGGCUCCCUCCAGUCCGGCCCGGCCCAGGCAGUGAGUCGUGCAAUGAGCUACACCGUUCGCACUUGCAUCAGAAGCUAGCGGCAAG